UUGACGAUGUUGAUUAAUGAAUCAUUACGCCUUUACUCAACUGUGCCAAUACUAGCUAGGGAGGCAUUUAAGGAUAUGGAAUUUGGAAAUGUGAAAAUUCCAAAGGGUAUGAAUGUUUGGACAAUGGUAAUGGCAUUACACACUGAUCCAGAAAUUUGGGGACAAGAUAGCUAUGAAUUUAAUCCAGAGAGAUUUGCAAAUGGAAUAUCAAAUUCUUGCAAAGUUCCACAUGUUUUUAUGCCUUUUGGAGUUGGUCCUAGAGUUUGUGCUGGACUACCUUUGGCUUUGGCUGAGCUCAAAAUAUUGAUCUCCCUUAUUGUGUCUAACUUCACAUUUAGACUUUCACCAACUUAUGUUCACUCCCCUAAACUUGGUAUUGUCAUUGAGCCUCAAUAUGGAGUUGAUAUUUCACUCAAGAAGUUAGAAACAACGCGUUAA